CCACCUACAGUAACAGGCUCAGCAGAGCCUGAGACUAGUUCAAGACUUGUCCUAGAGGGAGGUGAUAUUGCAGUAGUUGUCAUAUACUUUGUCUUUGUUCUUGUGGUGGGAAUAUGGUCCUCCGUAAGAGCCAACCGUGGGACAGUGGGGGGAUACUUCUUAGCUGGCAGAUCCAUGACGUGGUGGCCGAUUGGUGCCUCUUUGUUGGCUAGCAACAUCGGCAGUGCCUCCUUCAUUGGACUGGCUGGGACAGGGGCAGCGGCUGGAAUUGCAGUUGGAGGUUUUGAAUUCAAUGCAGCUUGGAUCCUCAUUGCUCUGGCAUGGAUCUUUGUCCCUGUGUAUAUUUCCGCUGGGGUGGUCACCAUGCCAGAGUAUCUGAGGAAGAGGUUUGGGGGACAGCGCAUCCGAAUCUACUUGAGUGUCCUUUCUCUGUUCCUCUAUAUCUUCACCAAGAUAUCAACGGACCUUUUCUCUGGAGCCUUGUUCAUUCAGGUGGCGUUGGGAUGGAAUCUCUAUCUCUCCUGUGUAGCACUGAUUCUGGUGACAGCAGUGUUUACCAUAGCUGGUGGCUUGACAGCUGUGAUCUACACAGAUGCGUUACAGACGGUCAUCAUCAUCAUCGGAGCCUUCAUUGUGAUGUUCAUGGGUUUUGAAAAAGUGGGGUGGUAUGAAGGUUUAGUGGAAAGGUAUAAAAACGCAGUUCCCACUCUGACUGUUCCCAACACCACAUGUCACAUCCCUCGAGCUGAUGCCUUCAACAUGUUCAGAGACCCAAUAACCGGGGACUUGCCCUGGCCGGGCAUGGUGUUUGGCCUCACGGUGGUGGCCACUUGGUACUUUUGCACUGAUCAGGUACUUGUGCAGAGGUCUCUCUCAGCCAAGAAUUUGUCUCAUGCCAAAGGUGGAUCUGUGCUGGGGGGUUACCUAAAAGUUGUGCCUAUGUUUGUCAUGGUGAUGCCAGGCAUGAUCAGCAGAGCGCUCUUCCCAGAUGAGGUGGCUUGUGUGGUUCCUGAGGAAUGCAGCAGUAUCUGUGGAUCUACUGUAGGGUGUUCCAACAUCGCCUACCCAAAACUAGUAGUAGAGCUCAUGCCAGUGGGUUUGCGAGGGUUGAUGAUUGCAGUAAUGAUGGCUGCUCUCAUGUCUUCCCUCACCUCCAUCUUCAACAGCAGCAGUACACUCUUCACUAUGGACAUAUGGCAGCGUUUCCGACGGCACGCGUCUGAGGGAGAACUCAUGGUUGUUGGCAGGGUCUUCAUUUUAGUACUGGUGGUUGUGAGUAUCUUAUGGAUCCCUGUCAUGCAGUCAGCCAGCAGUGGGCAGCUGUUCGACUACAUUCAGUCCAUAACCAGCUACCUGUCCCCACCAAUAACCGCAUUAUUUGUCAUGGCCAUUUUCUGGACACGUGUGAAUGAGCAGGGAGCUUUCUGGGGUCUGAUGGUGGGUCUGGUGGUGGGGGCGGUACGGAUGAUCAUGGAGUUUGUAUAUGGUUUUCCAUCCUGUGGUGAACCGGACCCCCGACCUGCCUUGCUGAAAGAUGUCCACUAUCUGUACUUUGCCCUUAUUCUGCUCGGCAUAUCAGCCGUGGUCAUCACUGUUGUCAGCCUCUGCACACCUCCUAUUCCACCCCAACAUCUUGUGCGUCUGACAUGGUGGACAAGACACAGUCAGGAGGAACGUGUGGAGCUGGAGGACCCGUGGGCUUCCUCACCCAAGCCCGACACCUCUGACUCUGGUAGUACAAAGUCGUCGGAGCCAGAGGCCAAGGAGCAGCCUUACUGGAAGCGAAUCGGAAUGUGGUUGUGUGGGCUUUCACAGCAAGCCACAGUGGAGCUGACCGAAGAGGAGAAGAACGAGCAAGAGAAGAAACUGACCAACAUCGAUGAGAAACCGCUCUGGAGAAACAUUUGCAAUGCCAAUGCCAUUAUUCUUUUAGCUGUCAAUGUGUUUCUUUGGGGCUAUUUUGCUUGA